UAUUACAGCAAGUCGAUAAAUCGGUUAAAGCCCCGAACUCUGCAGAAGGCUCCAAAACCUUGCGCGCAUUCAGUUGGUAGAAUUUGAAGAGAAAUUAAAGCUUCAGUUCGAGCUCUCGCCUUGUUUGUUCUUCCAUUUAUUUGAUCAUCGGGGGAUUUUGAGUGCAUUUGUUGGAUUUUCUUCUUGGGAUUCUUUAAAAGAUAUGGUAAUUGGAGUAGAGAAGAAAAGAAGUCGAAAUUUGGAGUAAUUUAUGAGAAUUUGGAGUAGAGAAGUUUUGUUCUGUUUUUUGAUUUCUUGUUGGUGUUUUCUGGGAAUUUGAUCUGAGUUUCUUGGAGUUGGGCAUGAUGAAUGUGGUGGGAAGAGUUGGUAAUUUGAUAUCUCAGGGUGUUUUAGCUAUUGCUGUCCCUUUCCAUCCAUUUGGAGGAGCCAUUGAUGUGAUUGUUGUUCAGCAGCGGGACGAGACUUUUCGGAGUACGCCCUGGCACAUACAAUUUGGUAAGUUUCAGGGCGUACUUAAGGGUGCGGAGAAGGUUCGUAUAACUGUAAAUGGCGUCGAGGCUGAUUUUCAUAUGUAUCUUGAUAGUUCUGGCGAGGCAUAUUUUGUAAGGGAAGUUGAUACAAGUGAAGGAAGGGAUGGUGUCGAUGUUAUGAACGAUUCAAUAUUAGAUGAUAAGAGAAAUUGUGAUGGCAAGAAUAAUGGAAAUCAGGAUGUUCUUGAAGAUGAGCAAUCUCCGUUGGACGAUUCGGUUGAGAUGUCAAUUGAUCGGUCAAAUGAUAUCAAUAAAAAAAUUGUUGAAUCACGUGAUCAAACGUCGGAAGUAAUACUAGGUACAGGGAAUGUGGAUGAUCAUGUGCUAACUUAUGUCGCAGUCUCAGAAAAGGUUACGGAGGAAGUACAAGUGACUCCACUUCAAAAUCAUCCCGGUUUUGGUGAUAAGAUGGAUUUUGGUGAAGGUAAUGAGAAGUUUGAUUUCGGGGAAGAUUAUCGGCCAUGUAAUUGUAAUAAUCUAAAUGCAUCCAAAAGUGAUGUUGAUUUGUAUAACCUUUGCAGUGCCAACAAUGAUACUGAUGAUUGCGAGUACCGACUUGAAGUUUGUGAAGGAGAUGAGGAACAUGUUCUUCAUCUCGAAAGCCAGGUGGAUAUUACUUUUGGAGGUGAUAUCAAUCAGGUUUCUAAAUCCUGUACGGAGCAUCCUGAACGUGGUCAAUUAGAUUCUAAAGAUUUCACUUCCUCAUUGGCGGGUGAUAAAUCAGAAGCUAAGCUUCCUAGAGUCGAUGAUACUGUAGAAGAGCAAACUGUUAAGUUCAUCAACAGUGAGUUAUCCCAACCGAGUGGACAUGAUUCCUCAAGCACCUAUUUGUCUUCCGAUUCACCCAUUACAGGCAUCCCGGCUGAGAAGCCUACAAACUUGGAAAAUAUGGAUCAAAGUGACCCAUCAGUUUACUUUGAUAGUGAUAAUACACAAUUGAAGAGUGCUCAAGUGAUUGAGGCAGUUGAUCACAGAGAUGGAGGAUUAGAUAGGUCUGUUCUUGACGAUGAAUGCACCGAACAUGAACUUUUGGAAUUUCGUGCAGCAAAUUUGAAUGGAAGGAUAGAUAGUCUCCAAACCACAAAGUUCAAAAUUUCACUUUGUGGAAGUAAACUUAGUUCUGGUAUGGGAUUGAAUGCUGCUGCUGAAGCAUUUGAUGCUCAUCGUGUAUCUGCCGAGGAAUUUGGAAGUUCUGCUAUGUCAAUUAUAAAGAACGAGAAUCUAGUAAUUCGAUUUCGAGGGAGGUACUGGUAUUGGGAUAAAGUGGCUCCGGUAGUGCUUGGAAUGGCAGCAUUUGGAAUGGAUUUGCCUAUGGAUCCCAAGGGUUCGAUUCCCGUGGAACAAGAUGACUUGACUAGGCCCGAAAAUGAGGAAUCCGAGAAUAUUUCCACUUCGUUUGGAAAUAGAUGGAGUCUUUGGCCUAUUCCAUUUCGAAGGGUAAAAAAAUAUGAGCUCAAUGGCGAGGACACAUCUAAUGAGGAGGUGUUUCUUGACACAGAAUCCGAGUUCCAGAGCCCAACUCUAACAUCCCAACACUACAGUGAUUCUACUCGCAAGUGUAUUACGAGGACAAAUAUUCCUACUACUGAGCAGAUAGCAUCUUUGAAUUUAAAAGAAGGUCAAAAUAGGAUCGAGUUCACCUUCCCUACGAAGGUUUUUGGAGUGCAAAAGGUUGAUGCUCAUAUUUACUUGUGGAAGUGGAAUGCACGAAUUGUAAUUUCAGAUGUCGAUGGAACGAUUACCAAGUCUGAUGUCUUAGGCCAGUUCAUGCCUUUGGUUGGAAUGGACUGGACACAAUCUGGGGUGGCUGGUCUUUUCUCUGCAAUCAAGGAGAAUGGAUAUCAGCUACUAUAUUUGAGUGCCCGUGCAAUCGUUCAGGCGUAUUUAACACGAAGUUUCUUGCUCAACCUGAAACAGGAUGGGGAAGCUUUACCCGAUGGCCCUGUCGUCAUUUCUCCCGAUGGACUUUUUCCUUCGUUGUACCGAGAAGUAAUUAGAAGAACACCUCAUGAAUUUAAGAUCGCCUGCUUAGAGGAGAUUAGAAGGCUUUUCCCUUCGGAUCAUAACCCGUUCUAUGCGGGCUUCGGUAACCGAAAUACCGACGUACUAAGUUACAUGAAGAUGGGGAUCCCAAAAGGCAAAAUAUUUAUAAUCAAUCCUAAGGGAGAGGUGAUGAAUAGUCAUAGCAACAAUGCUAAGUCGUACAAGUCCUUGCUCGUACUCGUCAAUGAAAUAUUCCCACCUGCCUCAUCGGUUGAACAGGAAGAUUUCAACGAUUGGAACUAUUGGAGAACGCCUUUCCUUGAAGUUGAUUAGGGAUUUUUGUUUAUAUUGUAUUUUCUUUUAAUCUUAUUAUUAGAAUAUAUUUAUUUGCAAACUGAAAUAGGUGAAUGAAGUUCUCUUUUAAUUAAAGAGACGAACUUGCUGAUGUGGUUGCA